GUGUUUUCGGCAUUGACAGGUGCCCGGAUGAUCUAGCUUGAACCGAAAGGUACGCUGAUGAUAUUUUCCACCGUUCGUCACGCAUUAAUCAUGUCUGCAAGAUCCGUAUGCAUCGUUGGAUCCGGCAAUUGGGGCUCAGCAAUUGCUAAAAUAGUUGGCAAUAAUGUUAAGGAAAGAAGCGAAUAUUUUAAAGAACGUGUACCAAUGUAUAUGUAUGAAGAAGAAUUUAAUGGAAGGAAACUGACAGAAAUUGUGAACACCGAACAUGAAAAUAUCAAAUAUUUACCAGGUAUCAAACUUCCAGAAAAUGUGGUAGCUAUUCCUAAUCUACUAGAAGCUUCAAAAGAUGCUGACAUACUUAUUUUUGUGUUACCGCAUCAGUUUGUUAAAAAGAUCUGUAAUGAACUUCAAGGUAAAAUAAAGACAUCAGCCAUUGCUGUCUCAUUAAUAAAGGGUUUCGCAAUCUCAGAAGAAGGAAUACAGUUAAUUUCUCGUCUUAUAAGUGAUAUUUUAUCUAUACCAUGUGGUGUUUUAAGUGGAGCUAAUUUAGCAGGAGAAGUUGCCAGUGAACAAUUUUGUGAAACAACUAUUGGAAGUAAAGAUAAAGAAAUAGGUGAAUUACUAAAGCUAUUAUUUGAAACACAAUACUUCCAUUGUUCUGUUGUAGAAGAUACAGAUACAGUAGAAUUAUGUGGUGCUUUAAAGAAUGUUGUAGCUAUCGGGGCUGGUAUUGUAGAUGGUAUGGGAUAUGGGGAUAAUACUAAGGCAGCAGUACAAAGAUUGGGUCUAAUGGAAAUGAUAAAAUUUGCUGAAGUUUUCUUUCAAGGCAGUAAAACAAGUACAUUUUUUCAAAGUUGUGGUAUCGCUGAUUUAGUAGCAACAUGUCAUGGUGGUAGAAACAGAUUGUUAGGGGAGAAUGUAGUAAAAUCAACAAAGUCAUUAAAGGAACUUGAAAAAGAAAUUUUGAAAGGUCAAAGUUUCCAAGGUCCAUUAGUAGCCAAAGAAAUUUAUGGAAUGCUGGAAGAAAAAGAUAUGUUAAACAGGUUUCCAUUAUUCGUGGCAAUACAUAAUAUCUGUGAAAGAAAGAUGGAUCCUAAAGAGUUUGUUAAUUGUUUAAGAAAUCAUCCGGAACAUUUAUAAACUUUAAUGUCAUUUUUUUUUGUUGAUUGAUAUAAAUGCAGGGUAAAAUCAAUACCACUCAAUUCGAUCAUUAUGCCUCAUGAAAAUUUGGUUUGUUUUGUCUCUUAAAAGUAUUUCAAGUACUUUCUCCGAGUCUAAAAAAAUGGCUUAAUUGAACACCUGCAUUUGGUGUGGUUGUUAAAAAGUAAAAACUAGAGUUUUUGAAAGCAGAAAGCAAUAAUACGAAAAAGAAAAAGUUGUAUUACUUGGAAGCUCUCCUAGUAGACAAAACAAACUGGAUAAAUUUAAUGAUAUUAAUUGUGCUCCCUAAUAAUUUUGAAAACUAAAUAUGGUCAGUGGUCUAGAUCCCCUCCAGUAGGCUAUGUGUGUAGAGUAGACCUAGUGGUCUUUACUAAUAAUAUAUUUACGGUAUGUAUUUCAUUUCUUUGUAACUUCUUCCAAAAUUUUGGUCAACCUAACUCUCAAGGAAACCUGACUACAGAAAUUUCAUUAGGAUUCUGAAUGGAAGUGUGUUUCCUCACAAUAUGUUAGUUGCUUUUUGGAUAAAGAUAUGACAGUUGACCAUAUCCAUCCUUGUUGUGUAAUCUCUAAUCUCAAAUAGAAUCUGAGCAUGUGACAUUGGUUGUCACUCUGGACAGGUAGGUUGCAAGGCAACCAAUAAUUGGUCCACAUAAAGAAAGCAAAUAGCUUUAGAAAUAAAUCUAGUGUUGCAAUUAUUAGAGUUAAUGGAAAAAAACAACAAAUAUUAACAUCCUUGGUAGUAGCAGGACAAAGACCACUGAAUUAAUCUGGUUUAGUAAUAAUGAUAUUCAACUAAUAUAUUUAAUUAGGCAAUUUUUUAUAUAUUUUUUAAUGUUUUAUUUCUAUCUUUCAAUCCACAUAUUGCCAAAGAUGAUAAACACAUUAAUUGUUCAAUUAGGGCCAAUGCAGCAUCACUUGCAAUUUAAUGACCCUGUCUUACAUACAUAACUAGGUUAUGUAUUUGACCUCAAGAACUUAAUAUCUGAAAGUAUAUUGCUAAUGACCCAGAAAUAUUAAAUUAUUGACCCAGUAAAUUCAAUUUUAUUUAAUACAGCUCUUGCAUUCUCUUACAUGGCAACAACAGCACUCAUCUAUUUGUUAUCCUACAUAUACUUCACAAGGAUAGCAAUGUAUUUGAAUACAUUUUAGACUGUAGGCUUUAUUUAGUUAUAGUUUUAUAAAUUUUUACUUUUAGCUAACUAAUAUCCAGAAAAAAAAAUCAUUAUUAUUAAUUUAUUUAGUUAUAGUUUUAUAAAUUUUUAAAUUAGCUAACUAAUAUUCAGAAAAAGAAAUCAUUUUAUUAAAUGUGUGAAGAUUAAGAUCUCUAAUGAUUGUAUGGUGUUAAAUUUACAUUUUGUUUUAAUAUAAGUUCAAUAAUACAUCAUGAUAAAUAUAGUAAUCAAUGGUAUUAUGCAAUAUCUAUAUAAUGUAAAAUACUGCUCAAUAUAAUAAUUUCUACAUUUUUAGAAGUGAUUUGUGUUGAUAUUUUUACUUUGUUGUUCCAAGUAUCAUGAAUAUAAACAAGAGAGAGAGAGAGAAAUGGUGUUUAACGUCCACUGGAUACAAACUAGGUUAUUUCGGGACUAACACACGGUUCAAUUUUAUUUCAAUAAUUUGCUAGCGUGUAGGGGUCUAUAGCAGUUGGAGGCACGGGGAAAACCCACGAGGUGGGACAGGCGACCCUACCAGGGAAUCAAAACCAUGCCAGUUGACUCAAUGAAAGAUCUUAUGAUACAGUGCGCACAUGUUAACCAUUUGACUAUCCAACCCCCCAAAACAAGAAAAGAAGUCAAAUGUAAUGUUGUACAUGUAUUAAGGUUUAGUUUAUAUUAAGUCAUAUAAUGAUUUGCCAAAUAUAUGUGUGUGUUUCUAUACAUGUAGAUUUAGUGUUGUUUGGGAAGUCUUACUUUUGUUGAAAUUGUACUUUAAAGAAAUACCAGAUAGAUAAUUAUUGAAUCUCAGAUAGUUUAAUUGUAAAACAUUUAUAUAAUAAUAUCAUGAAGUGGUAAUAUUUAGAAACUCAAAAUCGCUAAAGUACAAAUUUAUCUUGAGUACAACUUUAUCUAAAAUAAGACCUGAAUAUGAUGCUUAAGACUUCCUAUUGUUUUAACAGGUUUAAGCUAAAUUUGGAUAUAUUUAUUGAUCAAUAUUGAAAGACUUUUUAUCAUCAACUUAGUUGUUAAUCUUGCCUGAUUUCCCUUUAUAUAUAUAAUUAUUAUUUGUUAUCUUUUUACAUUUUGAAGAAUGGAGUGUUAAUAAACUGUUGAUUAAAAUA